CCACAGGCACGGCAAGGAGAGGCCAUGCUGGAUCUCAUCAUCCUGAGCCUCCAUUUCCUCCUCUGCUUUCUCAUCUUCCUUGUGAUCUGGCGUGGACCCAAGGAUGCAGAUUUGUGCAGCUCAAGCACAGCAACAGCUGAAGAGGAGCCAGAUGGUCUCAUAUUAAUUGGCAAAGAAGAUGACAUAAAGAGGUCUGGAAGAGCCACAGCCAAAGUUGAUGGCAGAGAAGUUGUUGUUUUCUACCACAGGGGGAAGUUUCAUGCUCUGGACUCUCGCUGCUACCAUGAAGGAGGCCCUUUACCUCGUGGAGAAAUAGAGGAUAUCGAUGGCCAAGCCUGCAUUGUUUGUCCUUGGCAUAAGUAUAAAAUCACUUUAGAAACAGGAGAAGGUUUAUAUGAAGGAGUAAACCCUUUGGAGCCCUCACCAAGACCAAAAUGGCUAUCAAUGGGAGUCAAGCAGAGGAUUCACCAAGUCACAGUAGCCAAUGGCAAGGUUUAUGUGAGCCCUCCAGACCUGUCUGUCAAAUUUGACUCAGAUUAUUUUGCUGAGAAGUACAAGAAAAGUGGAGGUGUAGAUAUGGAAGAGCAAAGCCACUCACCAGCUGCAGAGUAAGUUAUGGCUAGAAAGCAGGAUCCUGGUUGAUGCCCCAAAGAAGAGCCAAGGGUGUGGUGGAAGUCACCGUGGGCACGAAGGCUGUCUCCAGAUUAACUUCUGUUCUUGAAGAUACAUCAAAGCAUGGGAAGAGGUGGAACUGAGGGAGCAAAGCAGCUCUUCAUUGUCAGAGGUGUGGCCUCUUGCCAGUGGUUUUGGGGUUUUGGCACUGGCAUUGCCCAAAAAAGGCUAAUUAACAGCAGAGUGCUUGGUGGCAUUUGGUGUUUUAGAAGCCCUAUUUCUGCUAGAAUUGUCUUGAUUUUUAGAAGGGGAUAUAGUGUACCUUACUGCUUGUAAAGCCCAAGGCAUAGCUUAGGGUGAGUAGUCAGGUGUAAAGGUUAUGUUUACUUAUUUAACAGUUUAUACUCUGAGUGCCUUUGGUAAAAAUGACACAAAGAAAAUUUAGGCUUUUUAGGUCGUUGAACCAAUCUCUGGAUGCUUAUUGAGUGCCACAAAGGGGAAGUGCCAAAACCUGAGCAGAGUUCAGUGAACUGUUUGCAGGGUGAUACCUUAAACCCAUACAAGUGUUUGUGCUCCCUCUCACUGAGCUCCUCUGGUUAGCUAUAAUGUGACUAGCAGUUGUCAUUGAGAUCUUCUUCCUGAUGCUGGGUGGGUGUGACAACCAAAGAGGAAGAAGGUGGUGGGGAUAAAAAAAGUCCAAAACCUGCUGCAUGAUGUGGUGUCUCUUGUUUGCAUUCCUUUGUUGUGAAUACAUGGUUCAGA